GUCGCCACUGCAGAUGACAAAGCAUCCAUCUUCCUCGUUCAUAGUCACAGUUGCAUUUCUUCUUCCUCCUGCCUCACACUCACUGCAAACGGGUCUUAUCCUUGAAUACUGGAUCCAAUCCGAAGUUUUAACGGCGUUGAAUCGGUGAACCCGGCGUCGUAGCACAAGCAUCUGAGCCCGCUGCGGAGUGGCGUUUCUGCUAUAUCUGCUCAUCAAGAUUGGAGUCUUGGGCCUCCGCCACAAUGAGUGCCAUCCUGUCGGCGGACGACUUGAAUGACUUCAUUUCUCCGGGAGUUGCGUGCAUUAAGCCCGUGGAAACACUCCCUGCAAAGGAUGUUUCGAAAGCAGACAAUCCGUAUGAGGUGACCACAGAAGACAAGGUUGAGCCUGAAAAUCUUCCUCCAGCACAGAUCUCAUUAACGGACUGCCUUGCAUGCUCUGGGUGUGUCACUUCCGCCGAAGCCGUGCUCAUAUCGUUGCAAUCGCAUGCAGAGGUCCUCAACACCCUGGACGCGCAUCCGGAGCUCCCACUAAUCCGCGAAGAUGGAACAUCUCCACAGGGGCUUGGAGCGACCAGCGAUGAAGGCCAGGUAUUUGUCGCAAGUGUCAGUCCUCAAGUGAGAGCAAGCUUAGCAGCGACUUAUGGGAUCACCGAAAAGGAGGCAACAUACAUGAUCCAUCAGUUCCUCAGUGGUCCCCAUGGUUUGAAGGCUGGAGGCAAAAAUGGCAGCGGUUUCACAUGGGUUGUUGACACUAAUAUUCUGCGUGAAGCUGUGUUGGCUCUUACAUCAAAUGAAGUCAGUGAGAGUUUGACAUCCGAUCCAAAUAUCUCCGGUGCAAACAGCGCACUUCCGAAGCGGCCUAUUCUCUCGUCCGCUUGUCCUGGCUGGAUUUGCUAUGCUGAGAAGACACAUCCUUUCAUCCUCCCGCACUUGUCCCGACUUAAGUCUCCCCAGGCAUUGGCAGGAACAUUCCUCAAGACCGUUUUAAGUAAAUCACUCGGCAUUUCCGCUUCUCGCAUUUGGCAUUUGGCCAUCAUGCCUUGCUUCGACAAAAAGCUCGAGGCCAGUCGCGAAGAGCUCACCGAUGCUUCAUGGGUGUCUGCCAAGGAUGAAAAUCAUACACCUGUUCGUGAUGUUGACUGUGUAAUCACUUCACGCGAACUACUCAGUCUGGCAUCAUCCAGGGGCAUUUCUCUUCCUAGUCUACCGUUCAAACCCGUUCCUCAAUCCUUCACACCAUCGUUCCCAGACAAGACUCUGGAUGGUUUCCUGUUUUCCAAAAGUUCCCCGAGACAGACCACUGCCGCAGGUACCUCCGGAGGAUACCUCCAUCACGUCCUUCAGACCUUCCAAGCCCGGAACCCAGGCAGUGAGAUCGUGACUCAACGAGGAAGGAAUGCCGAUGUAGUUGAGUACGUCCUCAUGUCGUCUGAGCGCACGCCUAUCCUGAAAGCAGCUCGCUAUUACGGUUUCCGGAACAUUCAGAACCUUGUCAGGAAGCUCAAACCAGCACGAGCAUCGCGACUUCCUGGAGGUAAUCGUCGACAGCCGGUCGGUCGGAGUGCUGCGGCUGCUGGUGCUGGCACAGAUUACACCUAUGUAGAAGUCAUGGCAUGUCCUGGAGGGUGUACAAAUGGAGGAGGUCAGAUACGCAUUGAGGAUGCCCGCGAAGCUAAUUCGAGCGUACAGCCGACGGCCUCAAGCGAAGUGCCCGACUCUUCGUCGAAGCCUACACCACAUGAGCAACGCGCCUGGCUUGCGCGUGUGGACGAGGCAUAUUACUCUGCAGAAUCUGAUUCCGAAUACGAGGUUGAAGGCCAGCCGCAGACUCUAUCCAUCCUGGAGAAGGAAGACAAGAUUCAUAGUGCCUUGCGUUAUUGGUCCGACUUCAUGGAUAUCCCUCUUUCAAAGCUGGCCUAUACCACAUAUCGCGAGGUGGAAAGUGAUGUCGGCAAACCCCAGACCGCUGUGAACGAUACUACCCGUGUUGCCGAGCUUGCUGGAAAGAUCGGCGGUGGUUGGUAGUCCGUUUCUACUUGCUUUUUCAAUUUUAUGACAUAUACCCUGUGAUAUUUUGGAUGACAUUGCGGACAUGCGUGCAUUUAUCUCAUCGGCAGAAAGUCUGGCGGCAUCGGAUAUAGAGAGAUACCAAGUCCCUGUUGGUUCACAGCUGGUGUCACAGCUGGUUUGGCAUGCUGUAACCGUUUAGAUGCGCGAUGUUAGAUAUUAAUUGCACAAUCAAGCAAUUGACGAUAACUAAUUAAAAAUACAUGAUUCUGCCGACUUGAGCAUCAGAAUGUACAUAAGAGCCAGGCGAAAGCUUAUCUACCGCAGUCAUACAAGCAGCU